CUUGAGCCACCGACCCAGAUCAACAAGAGUGAAAUCCUUGCAACAAGCAAACAUGUUCAAGAAGUCCGCGAAACAGCUCGACAAGUUGUCCCAAUGGACAGGAGAGACCUUCUUCAAGGAGGGCAAGACCGAGUUGUCCCCCGAGUUCAGAGAGUUUGAAAAGGAGGUAGAACUCCGAAAGAACGGUAUCGAAAGACUUCAUGCCACUUCGAUCCCUUAUCACGCCGGUUUGGCCAAGAAGAAGCCGACCCCCGAUCCGUACCCUACCGACUCCCACUCUGCCAAAGAGAAGAUCCUCGCUGGUGAAGCUCUUGGGCUGGUGAUGAUCUCACACGGGGAAGACCUUCAGAACGCCUCUCGUGGGUACGGCGGUAUCUCUGGCGAAGGUGGAAAGCUGGGAGAGAUGCUGGAAAAGUUUGGGCGGGGACGAUGUAGGGUCGCUGCAGCUCAAGAGGAGUUUACAAACCGGCUGGGAGAGAAUUACGUUGCGGGGAUGGAGAACGCGCUGGAGGUGGUCAAGGAGUACCUCGCACAGCGGAAGAAGCUCGAUUCAAAACGACUCGCUUUGGAUGCCGCUACUCGUAAGAUGAACACGAGCAAGAAGGAGAACCGAGGUCUGGAAGAAGAGGUCAACGUGGCUCAAGCUCGAUAUGAGGAAGCUCAAGAGGAUACCCACUCCCGGAUGGUCAUGGUCCAGGAUUGUGAGGCCCAGCAGAUGGCCGAGUUGACGGAUUUCUUGGAGGCCGAGAUGGAGUUCGUCCAGUCUUAUUAUGAGAUACUGAGCGAACUCAAAUCCGAUUGGGAGCGAAGCGGAUCGAGCGCAACAUCUCGACCACGAUCCAAGUCGACAUCUGCUGUGCCCAAAACGCAAGCGCCUGCUCCUAGCCGGACGACCUCGUCUUCAAGAUUGAGUAGCAUGCUAGGCGGGGGCCGACCGGCUCUCCCCUCGAGGCAAAACAGCUCGAAGCCCACAUCAGAUGACGACGUCAAUGGAAACACUCGUGGGAACCGAGAUCGAGCGUUCUCGAAUGCCAGUGCUAGCAGUAAGAAGGAAAAGAAGUCUUCCUUCAUUCCCAAGUUUGGCUCUAUGGGCAAGAAGAGCACGAUAGCUUCUUCCGCGCUUGGGAGCAAAGAGCGGUAUGGGUCGUUGGAUGAUCGUGAAGGUCUGAGGGACAGCUCGGAGCACGAAGUCGGCAGGCUGGGACUGCCUAGGGAUGUCGAUGAUUCAGACGAGGACAGCGAUGACGACCGAUACGGCAGAAAGGAGACAUAUGGUAGGGCAUCGCCGGCGGCAACUUAUGCUAGUGGGGGCAGGUCUAGGAGCCAUUCGGAUGUUUCCGGUGCUCAGGCUCGGUUUGUCGCGGGGAGCGCUCCUACCGCUCGGACCAGCACGCCGCCGUUCAAGCGGACCAUCACUGUUCCCGCUCAUAAUACGAUUGCGGAAAGCCGAGAGUCUCAUGAAGGGGGUAGAGCACUGGUCAAGGUGCUUUACGACUAUGAUGGCAAGGCGGCCGACGAGCUAUCGAUCCGGGUGGGCGAUAUAGUCGAAGUCACUCGGACGGUCUCGACGGACUGGUGUAUCGGCGAGAAUGAGCGGGGCGAAAGUGGGCUGUUCCCCUCGACCUAUACCGAGCCUUAUGAUGCGAGCGCGACGGUCAAGAAGGCCCCUCCGGCGUUACCUAGCAGGACAUCAAGCUCGUUGGCUAUCCCCACCGAGGGGGCUAGGAGGGCGCCUCCGGUAUUUGGCGCACCGAUGCCUGGUAGCAGGUCGCCAGGUGGCAAUUACAGCAAUAACGGAAGUGCUAGAUUAGCACCCCCGAUCGUCACUCGUCACGCCUCGUCUGAUACGGAGACUGAUGAGGAUCCGUUCAACUAGGCCGUGGUCAGGUCCACCAGGUUUUCGGGACGUUUUGCAUUUCUUAUAUCAUUCGGCUCCUCUCGAUUUCUAUACCCUUGCCGUGCCAUUCUGUACUGUAACGAGGUAUCACGCAGGUAAUCUCUUUUGUUGCGCGAAAAUUGUAUUUUACCGACCGAUACAUGCCAUGGUCACGGACUACAAACAGACUCUUGACGAGCCUAGGGGUAUGAUAGCAUGGUGUUGUGCCAUGUG